AUGGCGGCCAAUGCAACCACCAAUCCGUCUCAGCUACUGCCGCUCGAGCUGGUGGACAAAUGUAUAGGAUCCCGAAUUCACAUCGUCAUGAAGAGCGACAAGGAGAUCGUCGGCACGCUGCUGGGGUUUGAUGACUUUGUCAAUAUGGUCCUAGAGGAUGUCACAGAAUUUGAGAUCACACCUGAGGGAAGACGAAUUACAAAACUCGAUCAAAUUCUGCUAAAUGGAAACAAUAUAACCAUGGUAAGUUACCAAACUAUUAUGGGGUUAUUAACUAAAACUGGAGAGUGUGUAAUCUGGUGCAGCUCUGCAUAG